GUAAGAUCACAUGAAAUGCUAUCAUGUGAUCAAGCUUGGUAGCCACACCCAGCCCUGCAGACAGCUGGUUAAUGAACUUAUAUGGAGGCAUGGAGCCAGCCCUUCCACUACACAAAAUGAUCAACCUAUUGUUAGCAAUAUGUUUGCUUGGAACUGGAGGGGUGACUGGGGCAGUAUUUACUACAGGCCUCCCUACCAGUACAGCACCCGUGGAUGACAUUCUUCAAAUUAACCAAAGGCUGGUUUCAGAAGACCAUCUGGGGUCCAAAGCUUAUUUUGAAGGGGAUAUUCUUUUAACAUCCUCCAGUUUCAGUCCAGAUAUUACAAAAUGGGUAAAAAAAGAUGGCAUUGUACAAAUACCAUACGUUCUUGAUCCAAGUUACAUGCCAGAUCACAUACAGACCAUGAAUGAAGCCUUCAGUGACUUUCAGGCAACUACGUGUAUCCGUUUUGUGAAGCGCACAGACCAGCGAGACUACAUCUCAAUCCUACCAGGUCUAGGAUGUUACUCGGCUAUUGGUCGCAAAGGAAGGAGACAAGUGCUCUCUCUGAACUUUGAUUGCCUGGCCAAGGGAAAAGGGACUGUCCUUCAUGAGUUGUUGCAUGUGCUCGGAUUCUGGCAUGAGCACUCACGAGCUGACCGAGAUAAUUAUAUCAGGAUUGACUGGGAAGCAAUACAGAAGGGAUAUGAACGGAACUUCUGCAAAUAUGAUACAACAAACAUGAUUGUGAACUAUACUUUGGGCUCCAUCCUUCAUUAUUCUGGGUCAGCCUUUGCAAAUAAUGAAGGCUCGAAAACCAUUGUGCCCCGUACUAAGGCUGAAAUUGGACAAAGGAUGAAACUUCAUAAAAUGGAUAUUUUAAGAGUCAACAAACUGUACUGUACAGAACCCAAAGACUUUUCACUUGAAGUUUCUGCUCCAGUAAUAUAUGACUGUAGCCCAGAAAAUACUAAACAAGAUGCAAACACUGAAUUAAGCACAGGUCCAGCUUCUGUUCUUACCUUCAGAGAAGAAUCUGGUUUGUUUUUAACACCUAACUUUUCUGCUACACAAGCUCCAACUUCCACCUCUUCUAUCACUCAGGAAAAGAAUUCCAGCACGGCUCGCAGCAUUUCUGCCAAUCAUGAAACUGAGGUCCUUCCAGCUCCAAACUCUUCUGCCAGUCAAAAACCUGGGCCCAGUCUAGAUUCCAACUCUUUGACAACUCAAGAAGCUGAGCACAGUCCAGCUCCCACCUCUAUUGCCAAUUGUAAACUUGAGCACAGUCCAACUUCUACUUUGUUUGCCAAUGAAUCACCUAAGCGCAACCCAGCUUUCACCUCUUCUACCAGUGAAGGGUUUAAUCUUUCUCCAAACACUUCUGCUAUUCAAGAAGCAGAGUUUGGUUCAGCUGUUAGCUCUUUUAUUACUCAGAAAUCUAAGAUUGCUUCAUUUGCAAGUUCUAUUUCUGUACUGACUGGAGGGCCUAAAAAAUCUUUGCUUUUAAAUCCGGUUUCAGCUUAUGCCUCAAGUGCAGAAAUAAGACAAAACAUUUUUGACACCAGUAGUCAAAUAGUUAGUGGAAGACCCCCACUUUGGCCUGUAACACAUACAGAUGUAAAAAGAACUCUCUUUAAUACACAGACCACCACUUUUCAGACCUUCAGCAGUAAAACACGGAUGUCUCUUAUUGCAUCUUCUCUAGCCACCUCUACUCUAAAAGGGAGAACCAAAGAGUUGCUGAGCACAUCUAUAACAAAUAACACAGAUCAAGGUUCUGGUUUAUUCUAUAGUCAAGAAGGACCAGGCACUACAACUACAAUUCAAGAAGCUGGUUACACUCAUUUGAUUUUACCAACCACGGAAACCAAGUCUACCAUUAAUACUUCUGUAACAGCCGUUCUUAAAACUCUGAGCAGAUCAGCAUCACAGAUAUCUGAUGCAGCCACCCAAACAAUUGUGCAUCACACUGCCUUAGAAAAGGCUAUGUCAAGUUUUAUUUUCCAAAGCACUGGAAUUCCUGAGCAGACUGGAACCAAAGAUGUAGCUAAUCUUCCAGAUGAUCGGGAAGGUGGUCACCUGAAAGCAGAGCUUCUAAAAAUACUUGGUAAAAGGUCAUCACCUGACUCUGGUGAAACCACUGUCGGCAUUUUGAAAGAAAUUCAGCCAAGAAAAAACAGCGUCUUAAAGUCUCUUCAUGAAAUGUUCUAUCAUGGUAGACCUUUAGCUACGACCAUCAAACUUGAAUCCCUCUGUGGAUUUGAAGCUGGAAUGUGUGGGUGGAAGCAAAUCAUUGAUGAUGACUUGGACUGGAGUCUGGCUUCGGGAAGUGUGAAUGUAGACACUGGCCAUUUAAACGCGGGAGGGUUCCACUUAUUGCUGUACAGCCACCAAAGAAAUCCAAUUCCACAAGAGAGAGCAAUACUUGUAAGACCUAUCACACAAUCCUUUAGUUGUAUCUCUUUCUGGUAUGGUGGAUACCAACACACCAUUAUGGGUACUCUGAACAUAUACAUCGCAUCUAAUAGUGGAAAAAAGACCCUGCUCUGGUCAGUUGGAGGGCAACAGCGUCUUAGGUGGACUAAAGCGCAAAUAGAUUUUCAACCGCAACCUCAGUACCAUAAUGUGCAGGUGGUUGUGGAAGGCGUUGUUGAUCCAGUGAAUGCAAGUACAAUUGCUAUUGAUAACCUCUAUAUUGGGAAUUGCAGCUGACAAAAAACAAAAAAAAAACCUGUGGUGUCUUGAAUUCUGUAAUGUAAUAAACCUAUUUAUGAAAG